GAGAGAGAGAGAGAGGGGUUGUCUUCACUGGGAGCUGCAGCAGCAUCAGCAUCACCGGAAUGAGUAACAGUGCGCAACUUGGAGAAACAACUACAGUGUCCGGAGGAGAGCGCCUGUGCGUCUGUGAACUGAGUGAUUCCCGAGCCUGUCUGUAUUCAAACGUAUUCAUGAGGACGUAAAGGUGCCAAAAACUACACGAACUCUCUGUGUGGAUCUGCCGGGGGGGAAAAAAAGAGAAAGACAUGGAUUAUAUAAAAAAACACAAUACUUAUCUCUCCAUCGUCAUUUUGAUGAUUAGCAGUGCCUGCCACGCUCUGUUGGACAGAUUUCUGGAGGAGAACUUCUCGGAUAAGCUGUUUCCUCAUCAUCUGGGCUCAGAAGAUGACAGCCAAAUUACCUUCUGUGAUUUUGAGUCACUCUGCCUCUGGAGUUCAUCAAAUCACAGCGCCCAUAGUGACUGGUUGGUGGUGUCACCACAGCAACUAGAAAACCCUGGGAUGAUGCCUGUGACUGAUCACUCAGUGGGAAGCUCUGAUGGGCACUUCCUUCUCUUAUACUCCCCCCAUGCUGAAGAGGCCUCCAGGAGAUGCAACUACCACUUAACCAGCCCGGUCUUGCCAGAAAGCAGCAGGUACUGCAUCCUGCAGGUGGCUCUCUAUGAGGCUGGACCAGCGGUGGGGAACCUCACGCUCCUGAUCAAGCCGGUUCUCUCAGGUUCAGCUGUCCACUCUGUGGUUCUCAACCACAGAAGACGUGAUGGCCACAGGGCUGAGUGGGAAGUUCUGGAGACUGUGAUUGGUCAAGUGGACGAACCUUUUCAGGUGACCCUGCUCUACACUACCUGUUUGGGGGAAGAUGGAAGCAUUGUGGCUCUGGACUCUCUGGAGUUCAUAGACUGUGAAGCAGAACACCAGGUCGAGCUGGAUGCACCAUGUGAGGAAGAUUUCCACUGUGAAAACUCAGGAGGCUGCAUCGACCCAAGCCAAGUGUGCAACUUCCACACUGACUGUCCUUUAGGAGAAGACGAGGGCUUCAUCUGUGGGGCUCUUCCGUUUGGCUCAUACUGUUCGUUUGAAGGGGAUGCAUGUGGUUGGUCCGUGUCCAACCAGCACUCGGCCUGGAGAUGGGUCGCUGGGGACGAGCUUCUGGAGAGAGAAGACAUGCAGGGUGUCUCUCUGCAGAGCACACCAGGGCACUUCUUGUUUUUGCAGGUAAGAGAGAGUAAUUCCCUUCGAGAGGCAUCUAUUCAGAGCUCCUUUUUCCCUGCCCCAGUCUCUACUACCGCCUGCCAGAUGCGUUUCUCUCUGUACCUGUAUGGGGACUUAAAUGUUACUUUGCUGGUGGCUAUAGUGGAAAAUGGGACUAGCACCUCACCACUGGUCUGGGAGAGAAAUGGUCAGUGGACAGACCGUUGGGAAGAUGUUGCCCUCCAACUGACUGGCCUUCAUCAUGGGUUCCACGUUAAGGUGACAGCUGUGUGGGGACAAGGCUCCAACGCUGACGUCGCUCUCGAUGACAUUGCAAUUGGAGCAGCCUGCUUCAACACAGAUCUCAACUCUCUCCUGCCCAUGGCGGACUUGGAGGAUUUGUUAAGCCCCCUUCCAGAACCCUCAGCCUCAGAGGUUUCUUUGAUGACAUGGUGGUUUAACUCAUGCGGUGCCAGUGGUCCCUAUGGCCCAAUCCAGGCCCAGUGUGACAGCACCUACCGGAACAAAAAUGUCAGCGUUACUGUGGGGAAGGAAGGCUCCUUGAAAGGAGUACAAAUGUGGAGGGUACCUGCUACUAACAGAUACCUGAUCUCUGCCUACGGGGCCGCAGGAGGGAAAGGAGCCAAAAACCACAACAAACGCAACCACGGGGUCUUCAUAUCGGCUAUAUUUCCUCUAGAGAAAGGAGAUGUACUUUACAUCUUGGUGGGCCACCAAGGAGAGGAUGCAUGUCCAGGGAGAAAUGCUUAUACCCAGAAGAUCUGCCUGGGAGAGUCAUCUGUGAUUGAAGACAACCUCGGGGGGGAGGCUGGCGCAGAGUGGGCUGGAGGAGGAGGUGGAGGAGGGGGAGCCACCUACAUUUUUAAGAUGGAGGGAGGGGAGCUGGUUCCCUUGCUGAUUGCGGCUGGAGGAGGAGGAAAUGCCUACCUGGAGGACCCGGAGUCCAGUCUGGACCAGAUACCACUGGAACAGUACGAAAACAACACCAUAGUUCCUGGUACCAACGGUCAAACUGGCGCUGCAGGUGGAGGUGGAGGCUGGAAAGACAGUCCCAGUCCUCACCUGACGGCCGGAAAGUCUCUGGUGGAGGGUGCUGAAGGUGGGUCCUCGUGUCCCCUGGCUUUGUCCAAGCUUAGCUGGUCCACCUUUGGGGGUUUUGGAGGUGGAGGUGGGGCCUGCACAGCCGGAGGCGGCGGAGGAGGUUACAGAGGAGGUGACGCUGCGCUGACGGAUGAGAUCACAGCAGACGGUCAGAAUGGAGUCUCAUUCAUCCAUCCAAUCGGAGAGAUUUUCCUUGGGCCUCUUGCAGCCAUGGAGAGUCACGGCGAAUGUGAGAUCAAAGUGCAGCUGAACUGCAGCCACUGUCAAACGCAGAGCUGCAAACGAGAUGAAGACACUCACCUCAUCCUCUGUCUCUGCGACCACGACGAUGAAGUCCUUGCCAGCGACAACAUCACUUGUAUCAGUGCUGUAGCUCCUCAAGGCCCGGCUCCGCAGGGCCAGAUGUCGACAUCUUUGAUCCUGGCAGUCGUGGUCUCUACCAUCGCGAGCGGCAUCGCGCUGAUCUGCGCUGGCGUCAUCCUCAUGUGGUACCGCAGGAAAAACGACCUGCACGCAGUAAGGGGGCGUCUGCAGAGUCCAGAGUACAAACUGAGCAAGAUCCGCUCCUCCACCAUCAUGACGGACUACAACCCCAAUUACUGCUUUGCAGGGAAGGCCGCCUCACUCAAUGAACUGAAGGAAGUACCGCGCAAGAACAUAACGCUUAUCAGAGCUCUCGGUCAUGGUGCGUUCGGUGAAGUCUACGAAGGACAAGUUCUGGGGAUGAGCAGUGAUAACAGUCCCAUGCAGGUGGCCGUAAAGACUCUUCCAGAAAUCUGCUCCGAACAGGAUGAAAUGGAUUUCCUGAUGGAGGCGCUGAUUAUGAGCAAGUUCAGCCAUGAGAACAUCGUGCGCUGCAUCGGCGUCAGUCUGAACAUCCUGCCUCGUUUCAUCCUGCUGGAGCUGAUGACCGGAGGAGAUAUGAAGAGCUUCCUGAGACAGAACAGGCCACGAGCUGGCCAGACCACUUCUCUUACCAUGAGGGACUUGCUGCGUAUGGCCAGAGACAUUGCCUUUGGCUGCCGCUACCUGGAGGAGAACCACUUCAUACACAGAGACAUUGCUGCUAGAAAUUGUCUGCUCACCUGCCCUGGACCAGACAGAGUGGCCAAAAUUGGAGACUUCGGCAUGGCACGUGACAUAUACAGAGCCAGCUAUUACAGGAAAGGCGGUCGUGCCAUGCUGCCAGUCAAAUGGAUGCCGCCGGAGGCCUUCAUGGAGGGAAUCUUUACUUGCAAGACUGAUACAUGGUCAUUUGGGGUGCUGCUGUGGGAGAUCAUCUCUCUUGGUUACAUGCCAUAUCCAUGUAAAACCAACCAAGAGGUGCUGGAGUUUGUCACAAGCGGUGGCAGGAUGGAUCCUCCCAAGAGCUGUCCAGGGCCUGUCUAUCGGAUCAUGACCCAAUGUUGGCAGCACUGUCCCGAGCACCGGCCCAACUUCUCUACUAUCCUGGAGAGAAUCAACUACUGCUCUCAGGACCCAGAUGUAAUCAACACACCCCUACCAGUGGAGUACACCCCCACCGCAGAAGAUGAUGGUGGCAGAGUCAUCCGUCCCUCCGACCACACCUCCACCAGCCUCACUCCACUCUUAAUGUCCCAUCCUAUUUCCCAGGAUUCCUCCUCCCAGCUCGGUCUCUCCGCUCUAGGCCUCAGUCCAACCCCUCUUCCUCCACAGCCUACCAAACCCCGGCUACUCCUCCAGAGAACCCAACCUGUCCACCACGAAGUGACGUCAUGCCGUGAGGCUCUGGAGCCGUCCUGGGCUGAGCCUGUUCCUGCCCCAGGUUUAUCAGCAGCAGGCGUGUGUGCAGGAGGCCACUGGCUCCACGCUGAGCCUCCUCAUCACCGGCCUUGCUCUAGAAACAGCUCCUCCUCAGGGAGCCAGAGGCUGAAGAACAAGACAAAAAACCUGUGGAACCCCACAUACGGCUCCUGGGUUUUGGAAAACUUCAGAGGAAAGAAAACACUUGCUCACACUCAGUCCAUGCCACUGUCAAGCUCCUCUUCCUCCACCUCCAACACACAGGCUCCUCAGACCUGCAACCCAACCUCAGAGAGCAACGAGGCGACUGGGUGCGACAGUGCCAACAGCACCCACGUCAGCCGCUCUAGCCUCUGCACCUCCUCAGCUACACCCCCUUCUUGCCAGGCUCAAGCUGCCCCAAGCACAGCCUCCCAUAAGACCCCAACAGUUGGCAGCACAAAGGCUGGUAUGGACCUGGCUAAGCUCCAGAGUUUCCCCUGUGGCAACGUCAAUUAUGCCUACGAUGAGCAGAGCUAUGAGGCAGAGAGCCUACCAUUGGUUAUGCCCAAAACUUCAGAAGCUAUCACAAACACCAGCUCUGCCCCCAGUGUCUCCUCAGGGACUAGCCUGGGACUGUUCGGCCUCCAUACCUCCUCAUCCUGUAUGCCCAAGCUGCUGCUGAAGCGCCACGCCAGCUAUGGACACGAGGACGUCAGGAGACACACCAAAGCUGAGAAACCCACACGUGAUCGAGACUCAGGCUUUUCUCUGUCUGAAGACCUCAGCGUUGCCCCUAUUUAAGAAACGGCUUACUGUAACAGGGAUUUUGAUUGAUAAAAAAAUGGCCCUUUUCUCACAGCCUGGGACUAGAGUUCUGGAUUCCUGGAACAAAAAGCAUGAUCACAACGGCUCCGCCUCGGUCUGAGAGCCACAACAUCAAAAUAUCAGAGCUCCUGGAAUGAUGGAAAACACAUUCAAACACUCCUCUGCACUGAGAGUUGACACUGGAGCUCUUUCUUGGGCUUCUUGUUUUCUGGUAGCUGAACACUGAAGCUGAAACACUGCAGUACGCGCUUUCUCAAUGUCCACAUUGCUGGUGAUGGCUGCCAUUCAUAACUGCUGUAGUCUGACUUGUUUUCUACCUUUCUGUAUUUGUUUUUUUCAUGAAAGCUUUGGCAGUAGUCUACGUUGCUUCAUAGUGAAUAAUUUGUUGGAAUAUGUAGUAUUCAGUGUUCAGUAUGACCAAAACAAGCCAAAAAUAUUGACUCAUUGGGAAGAGAGACUCUCAAAAGCAUUUUUCUUUAUAUUUAGAAGUUUAAAAUUGAGCGAGUUACUAACACUAUUUCAUUUAUUAUCAUUCAAUUUUGCAUACUUUAGGAAGUUGGAGUACAGCUUCCAUGAUUCAUCAUUCAUCAUCACUGCCAUGAUUCUGAUUUGCUGUCAUCCUAAAUAAUGUGAAAACACAUACGUCUAAUAUACCGUGUAGUCUUUGAAAAUCUCUGAUGUUUUCUGUUUUUUUAUAUAUUUAGCUUUAAAGGUUAAUUCUCGACCUUUGAAACACCCGUUUGGCAAAAACUCUUAACACAAGGUCUACUUACUCAGUGUUUUCCAAAGCUGAGCAGAUGGAGUUUCCUCAGUUGUCAUGGAGAUGAACUGGGAUUUCGGUCUCGUGAUAACAAGUAGUGGUAUAAAAGAGGACAUCAUGAACCUUUUUUUGUUCGAGGAUGCUCUAAGGUGUCAAGUAUGAAUAUUUCUCUGGCCGUCUGCUGACUCCUGUUCAGUGAAUUGGACCUCUUCCCAGUGGAUGCUGCUAAUUGUCUUGUCAAAGUCAAGAAGUUGUCCCACUUUUUUGUACAGAUUAAAACUUUAGCUUUAGAGCUCCUACCAGGCGGAUAAGUUUAUCUUUAGUUAGAGCCAGGCUAACUGUUUCCCUCUGUUUCCAGUCUGUAGCAGAGAGUGGUAUUGAUCGUUUCAUUUAACUCUCUGCAAAAGAGAAAAAAGGCAUGUUUGCCAAAAUGUCAAACGAUUCCCUUGUAUUGGUGUGAAAUGGUUUGUGAACACUGCAUGUCUGUAAGUAAGCAGAGCUUGUGUUGAGAUUUGAUUUUUUACAUAGAUCAUGAUUCGGCUUUGAAUAUUUUUUGACUACUCCUGGCUCUCUUUCCCCAUGUCCCAAUAUUUACUUGGGCUCAUAAAUGUAUAAGCGUGUAGAGUUUGAUGACCACGCAGCUGUGAAAAUAUUUGCUAUUUUUGUACUCACUUCUGUACACUGGACUAACCCAUUGCAUUUGUAGCCAUUUUAUCACUUAUUUGAAUUCAUUUAUGUUAUCGAUGGAUACGUAUUUGUAGUUGACCACUGCCAUUAGAUACCUCCACACUGCAUCUACUGAUACUACUGAAUAGUGUGCUGGUAGUACCUAUGUUUACUCAGCAGGGGGAGGUAUUCAGCUUUGAUAUACCAAACAUGCUGCUGCAGGUAUCUCAGUUCAUACAAUUAAUCAUUUAAUUGUUAUUCUUAUUUAAUCAAAUUGGUAGUUGUGUUUGUGUCUUUAUUUCAAACCUAAACAUGUUGAUAGUUUAUUUUUUAAGAUGUUGAAUGUUCAAUUUAUAUGAGGGUUCUAUAGGCUUACUGUAUGUUCUUAUGCUCAGGCCUGCUGAUAUUAGUGAAUGUGUAUCUUGAAAAUAACAUCUUUUAAAGGCUCACAUAGUUUUCUAAAGACUUUAUAGCAGAAAUAUUGAUCACUGAGGAAUUUCUUUCACAGAGACAAAAAAAAAAAAAA